UGGUUCAGUACUUUUUCUUGCUGAGAAAAUGCAGAACUCAUACAGAUACCCUGGGGCGGGAAAAGGCGCGUUUCUCUCAUUUCGUGGGAAGGAGGCUCCCCGGAGCCCGGGCUCUCAGGCGGGAUCCAGCGGCGGGGCCUCGCCAUCGCCAUGCCCGCCGCCAACUGCUCGGCGCCCAGCGCGGCCGUGGAGGUGACCGUGGGCGCGCUGCUCGUGCUGGAGUGCGCGCCGGGCCUCCUGGGCAACGCCGUGGCGCUGUGGACCUUCUGCUUCCGCCUGAAGGUGUGGAAGCCCUACGCCGUCUACCUGCUCAACCUGGUCGCCGCCGACCUCCUGCUGACCUUCUGCCAGCCCUUCCACGCCGCCUUCUACCUGAGACGGAAGACCUGGCCCUGGGGACGCGCGUCGUGCCAAACCCUGCUCUUCCUGCACGUCCUCAGCCGCGGGGUGGGCGUCGCCUUCCUCGCGGCCGUGGCUCUGGACCGCUACUUCCGGGUGGUCCACCCUCGGCUGAAGGUCAACGUCCUGUCCCCGCGGGCGGCCUGGGGGGUGUCGGGCUUCGUGUGGCUGCUGCUGCUCGGCCUCACCCACCAGAGCCUGUUCGUCUCGGAGGCCGCGUGCCCUGGUCCGGAGCCCCGGGGAGGCGCGACCUUGAGCCUGCUCUGGCAGGAAGCCCUGUCCUUCCUGCAGUUUAUCCUCCCCUUCGGCCUCAUCCUGUUCUGCAACGCCGGGGUCAUCAGGACCCUCCAGAGGCGCCUGCGAGAGCCAGACAGACAGCCCAAGCUGCAGCGGGCCCGGGCGCUGGUGACGGUGGCCUUGGUCCUGUUUGCACUGUGCUUCCUGCCCACCUUCCUGGCCCGCGUCCUGGUGGCCGUCUUCCGGGGCACGGGCGGCUGCGGGGUCCUAGGAGCGAUGGUGCACGUGUCCGACGUGGCCAAUGGCCUCAGCUACCUGCAGAGCGUGCUGAACCCGGUGCUGUACUGCUUCUCCAACCCCGCCUUCAGAUGCUCCUACCGCAGGGUCUUCAACACCCUCAGAGGCCGAGGCAGGGAAACCGAGGCCCCGGGGGACAUCAGAGACUCCUACUCCUGAGGCCGGCCAGCCGUCUGGGCCCCGGGGGCACGGGAAGGGCGGGGAUCUGAGCGCUGACGACCAGCACUGAGGGUUGCGGGGAGAGGAAACUGAGGCCGCGCCCCAAGGAGCAGGACCCACGCGUCGGCACCCCUGGGGCCAAGCUUGGACCCACGCGGUCUGCGGGAUUUCCUUCUGCUCUUCUGCUCCAUCAGACGGCAGAGCAGAGAAGCAAGUGGAGCUCCUUUCCAGCCACGACAAUGCUGACCUGGAAGCAGGCUGCGGCCACGUUCUCAUGGGAGGUGUUCUCGUGGGUCCGUCACGGGACCAGGGAGGCUGAGCCGUGCUACCCUCACUCUGUCUGGUCUCGGUGAGUCGUCCGCUUUCACUGUCCCGGGAGUCUGCUCCCCCUGCCACUGCACAGACCUGCGCUGGCCGACCCGGGAAAGUGGCAGGCGGGGCUCGAGGCCACGUUCGGGGGUGCGCACCUCACGGGGAUCCCCGCUCGGCUCUGCCUGGCACAUAGUGUUUCUAGUCUGUAACACUUCGCUUCGUCUGCAUAGACGGUACAUGAUGCCGGAGACAGCACAGUUCCCUAGUCUAUUAUAAGAAACACCUUCCUACUAAAUUUCUCAAAACUGCUGAGAAUGUCUCUCUUGAGGUCUGAAUGUCUAGAUGCUUUUGAAACUCGCUCGGCUUCCUGGCUCCAAGAAGUCACCGUAGUUAAUGCCUCGCAGAGAAAUGCACAGUGCCAGGCACCAAACUGCACGUGAAUCGGGGCUUUCCACCUGACGGCGGGGCCCACCUGCCACAGAGGGGUCCCCGGGGACCUGCCCAGUCCUGGGAGGCCAGGCAGGGCCGGGGGCCCACCUGAGCCCAGC